GCCACCUCGACGACCAAGCUCUUGUGCUUGGACCACAUACACUCCAGAACUGAAUGCUUAGCGACCAUUGAAAAAGCUAUUGACCCUACACCAUCUCAUGAACGUGAGCCAGCGUAUCCUCUACGUUUGCACGCCUGCCAUUGUUGUCUCGUCGACGUUUCAAUACGUUAGAUUGGUUGCCGUGGCACUUGGGCGACGGCGGUGAGAUCAAACGCACCGGCCAUUUGUACGAAGAGGAAGACUUGAUCUGGAGUCAGGCAGCUUGACUGGCAAAUUUGCAUGACAGUCAUACACAUUUGCAGUCACAUCCGAGUUUGAAUACAAGCGACGGACGUUCUCUCCCCCCAGGCUUCCGAGCAUCAUGACUCGCCGCAAGCCAAUACCUGGGACAACUUGGAUUCCUCAACCCGCUGCCGCUCCCACUUUAUCACAAACCAGCGGUCAUGCAAACAAUGGCGCCUCGAGCGGGACAGGCGAAGAACUGCCAGGACCCCCAUCACAUCCCACCUCCGGCCAUGGUUCCAUACCGCCGCCACUCACAGCCACCGGAACAACACACUUAAUCAACACCUCGCUCCUCAUUCCUGGACGUGGCAAGCCCCAGCACAACAUGUCGGUCAUCCUUCAAGACGGGACGAUAACCUCGAUCCAACCCACGGCGUCGGUGCCCCCACCAUUCAAAAACCUUCCGACUACGACCGUCCCAGUCCUGAUGCCUGGGCUGUGGGACUGUCACAUCCAUCUGCUGGGCAGCAAGACGUUCAACUUCUUCGAGAUCGCCACGCAGUCGACGGCUCUGGCCGGCGCCAGGAUUGCCCGGAAUGUGCAUGACAUCCUGAUGAGCGGGUUCACCUCGGUGCGCGAGCUGGCCGGCUACGGUCUCGAAGUCUCCAAGGCGAUCGAAGAAGGCACGCUCGUCGGGCCAAACAUCUACUCGUCGGGCGCCGCGAUAUCCCAGACCGCGGGCCACGGGGACGUGUUUGACCUGCCCUGGGGCUUUGUCACCUCCCUCUUUGGAGUGAGGGACACCCAGGCGAACGCGCUCGCCCCGGGUACGGGACCGAUGAUUAUCGCCGACGGGGUUGACGAGUGUCGACGCGCCGUGCGGCUCCUGGUCCGCCGAGGCGCCACGUGCAUCAAGGUGUUCGCGAGUGGCGGCGUGCUGAGCAUAGCCGACGACCCGCUGCGCCAACAAUUCUCGCUCGACGAGUUGAAGGUGAUUGUGGAAGAGGCCCAGCGUGCGGGGCGGGUCGUGGGCGCACACUGCCACGGCAAGGACGGGAUCAUGGCCGCGUUACGCGCGGGUGUCCACAGCAUCGAGCACGGGACGUACAUGGACGAGGAAUGCGUCGAGCUCAUAAAGAAGCAAGGGGCCGUGUACGUGCCGACGCGGACGAUUGUGAAGGUCGGCGUGGACCACCCGGAGCUCAUGUCGCCCGAGUCGUACCGCAAGAUGCUGGAGACGGCGCGGCACCACCGCGCCGCGUACCGCCUGGCCGUCAAGUCCGGCGUCAAGAUCGCCUUGGGCACCGACCUGGGCAUCAGCGCGCCCGCGACGCACCCGCUGGCGCACGGUCAGAGUGGGGGUGAACUCGCCUACGCGGUCAGCGAUGGCGGCAUGGAGCCCCUGGAGGCCAUUGAAGCCGCGACGGCCAUGGGGCCCGAAGUGCUCGGCGCCCUGGGCAUGGCGCCCAAGAGUGGCAGGAUCGAAGUCGGGUACGAUGCCGAUCUGAUCGCCUUGGGCGCGAACCCUUUGAAGGAUAUGGACUUGUUCAAAAAGCCGGAGAAUAUCACGCAUGUGUGGAAGGGUGGGCGGCUGUUUAAGAGUCCCUCGGACGCUUAAAAAAAUGAAUUGGAUCAAGGGACAUUAUUAGCACACACACCUGUCCUGUAACAGGAGUACUUUUUCCUCGACCGGUCAGAUAGUAUAUAUAAAUACAUAGGGUUCGAAGAAGCAUGACCCAAAAAGGCCGAGAGAAGCUGCAUCACUACAAUCAAUAAUCAUACACAAUGCUCG